CCGAGGCGCGCGUGCGCGGUCCCCGUCCCCGGCCGGCCUCCCCGGUCGCCAGGCGCGCUGCUGGCCCCACGAUGGCGCUCGGCGGCGCCCCCUCGCCCGGCCCGGCCCUCUCGCGCCACGACGAGCCGCCCUCCGCGCCCGCCUCGCCCUGCCUGCUGGUGGGCGACUCCCAGCCCGCCGCCCCCAGCCCGCCCCCGCCGGGCCUCGCCCUCCCGCCGCCGCCCUCCUCCUGCUCCUGCUCCUGCGCGGGGGACCCUCCGCGCCCCGCAGCCCUCAGCCAAGUCCUGCCGCCGCCGCCGCCACCGAGGCCCAGGGAGGCGGCGGCGGCGGCGGCGGCAGAUGAUGACCUCGAGGGCGCCCCCGGCCGUCCGGGCGUGGCAGAUUCCGGCGGCACAUCCCAGCUGAGCUUCGGUGCCCUGGAGCUCUCCCAGAGCCAGGAGCUGGAGCGCCCCCCAGCAGCAGGCAGCGCGGACAGCGAGGGGCAGGUGCCCCCCAGAGACACGGCUUUGGAAGAAGAGGAGGAGGGCUCUAAAGUUUUAACUGGUGGUCGUAACCUGUCCAAGGCAGAAGAUGCAAGUUCCGUAACACUGACUCCUGCUGACUCCCUGCAGGUCCUUCACCUCUCUGGGCAGGGCCCUCUUUCCACGGGAGCUUCCGGUGUUGCUGGGCCAUCUCAAGACAGCCUGCCAUUCGUCCCGCUCAUUGUCCCGGGAAGCCCAACGGAGCCGUCAACUGAGGGAAAGGCACAAAAGGAGUCGUCGGAUGCGAGGACCGCAGGCCUUCCUUGGGUGUCCACACCCGUCUCCCACGGCGCCCCUUCUGUUCCUGCAGAAUUCUUUCCUGUGCCGUCACAGCCCGAGUUUUCCCAUGACACCUUCCUCCCAACUCCAAGCUUGGAGAGAGGGCCGGAGACGCAGGCGGAGACUGGAGGAGGCUCUGAAGCCCUGGAGAAAGCGGCCGCAGCCUCUUCCACAGAGGACCGCUUGGACACGUGUGCGCUGGUGCUGUCUGCUAGUGAGCACAGCCAAGCGCCCAAGGGCGGAGCUCAGCAGGCGGAGGAGGAGGAGGAGGAGGGUGCAGUCGCAGGUGAUAUCCCAGCAGAACCGAGUACUCGUGUGCAGCAGGGGCUUCACAAGGAGGACCAAGCCUUGCCUGCGCAGACGGAGGGCAGUGCCGUGGCCGCCCCAGUGGGCGCUGGAGACGGGGCUUGCCUGGGUCUUGGAAAUCAGCCUUCUCAAGGGAACUCCUUGGAAAAAGGGUCUUUGGAAUAUGGAGCAAUUCCUGAGGUACCCAGAGAGGAGCAGAGAGAAGCCAAAUUGUCAAGUGAGGAGGGAUCUUCCUUCCACUUGAUGCUUUCUCAAGAACUGUCCCUCUGCCAGGAAGACAAGGCAAUGAGACAAAAUGAAUCUGCCGCGGCUUCAGCUGGGGAGUCCUCUCAAAAUCUGUCCCAGGGGACUCAAAACAUGGAAGGCUUAGAACAAGACUCCUUGGAGGAAGCUGAGGCUGCCCGAGAAGGACAGAACGUGUUCCUGCGGUCGGGCCCUGGGAUGCCGAAGUGCUGCAACUCCCAGCCCCGUCCUGACAUGGACCCCCAGAGCGGCCAGGAGAGGGUUGGUGCUCCCUCGGCCUUGCCUCUUCCUGCUGACCGCUCUGCAGGCAGGAGCAGCGAGGGUUGCUGUGUGGUGGGGGGCGGAGCUGAGGGGGGCGAGGGCCUUCCACUGGGUGAGAUGGGAGCCAGGCAAGGCAGCGUGCGGGAUAGUCAAGCGGAUGGGGAGCUGGUGGCCGUUCCGGAGGGCUGUGUGACUCCUGAAAGAAGCCUGCCCCUGCCCGGGAGAGCGGAGGAGGUCUUGACAGCAGCUGCGCAACAGAGAGCUCGUCCAGUGAAUUCGGAAAGAUGGGCAGAGAGCCAGAAGGAGGGAUUGCCUGCACCGGAGGAAGAGAAGCAGCUGCAAGAAAAGGCACCUGAACAUCUGGCUGGCCGACCUGCUGAAACUCUGUUCCGCUUCACUUUGCCGAAGGAGGGAGCGUCCUUGACGAGCGUCACCCCACCGCUUAUUGACCAGCUUAAAAAGGGCCCCAGACGACACAGCACUCCAAUUGUGACUGGAAACUGCGCAGGCAGCACCGUGGCAACCAGGGACAUGGCAGCCGAGGGUGCCGGCGAUGUCACAAUGGAGAGCACCGAUUCUUCUUCUGCGAUGGAGGGAAGCCCUUCUGCGGCAGUCUGUAAAGAUGGCGGAAAGCUUUCCCUGCACAUGAACCUCACGACACCCCCCGUCACCGAGGAGAGCGAGUCUCUCCCCUUCAGCCUGGAGAGUAAGAGACAAAAGCCUGUGGCCUGUGAAAAGAAGAAUGGAUCAGUGGCUGGUGCUGUAGCCAGUUUCCAGAAGACACCCUCUGUGUUUACUCGGAUCUGUGAAGCUCAGCAAGAGGACAAGGCUCAAGGGCCAGAAUUACCUUGUUCACGGAUCAGGGGUGAGCUGUUCAAUCUUCCAAGUUCUCAGGAAGAGGAGACGCAACCCCGAAAAUGUCAAAGCCAACAGACUUUGAGGCCCUCGAGUUGUGGACGGGCCCUGGACUUGAAGCCAGGCGUGAAGCGGCCAGUGAGCUGCGUGCCGGAGGAAGGCGUGGAGGCGGCAGCUGCAGGAGCUCCAGAGAAGGAAGGAGGCAGAGCCUGGGAGACCCCCAGUUCUGCGCUCCCUGCAGGGGGGAGGGAUGAAGACGAAGCACUUCUGGUUGGCAAAAGCAGCAGGGGGGUCCAGACUGCUGCAGCCCCCACAUUCCUCUGUCGUCCAGCAGCCUUUGUGUCCGCAGCUACACAGACCGCCCCUUGCAGUCAAGCUGAAGCGGGAACCAGCAUGGCUGGGUUGAAGCCCACCAGCAGUCCUGCAAAGGAGCCGCCCCUGGACCACCAGAGUGAAGAGUUGGGUUUGCCCCCCUUGCCUUCCGGAAAAGUCUUGCGGCGCCACAUCCGAACAAUCCGGGAGGUGCACACGGUCAUCACACGCGUGAUCACGGACGUUUACUACAAGGACGGAGUGGAAGUGGAACGCAGAGUGACUGAGGAGAGUGAAGAGCCCACGGUGGAGUGCCAGGAGUGCGAAGUGGAUGCCUCUCCCUCGCGAACAGGGGGCUCUUCACUUACUUCUGGAGACCUUGGAGACAUCAGCUCCUUCUCAUCCAAGGCCUCAGGCCUGCAACGCUCGUCCAGUGGAGGAAGCAGUGGCUUUCCAGUCAUACCGAGUGCUGCAAACUCUGGGCACGGAGCAGGGCUUCUCCACGUGGGAGCAUGCGGAGGGGCGGGAUCCGGAGGCUUGAUCCGGCCGGGGGCCAAGAAGCUGAGCCCUAAGAAACGGGGCGGCCAGCCUGACGACGGGACAGCAGGGGAGGCGGCGCAGGGCCUCGGCUAUCAGCAGGUUGGGAGAGUGGCGCCUGUCACACCCCGCGGGCGAGGAAGACGUGGCCGGCUCACCUCGCGAUCAGCUCGAGCGAGGUCUGUUAUCAGGGGUGGUCUGCCGGAUCUUGCACUAGCAGCCUCGCUGAAAGAGAAGCCCGGCUCUCCCAUCCCGGGCUGCCCCAUGCAGGGGGAGGAGCUGGCUGAUGCCCCUCUGCGCCGCAGCAAUUCCCCUGAGAUCCCCUUGCAGGAGGAGCUGGCCGCCUCCGAUGCUGCUGGGCUCUCCCCUGGGAACAGCUUCGUGGGCCUCCGGGUGGUGGCCAAGUGGUCUUCAAAUGGCUACUUCUACUCCGGGACCAUCACACAGGACGUGGGAGGAGCCAAAUACAAGCUGCUCUUUGACGACGGCUAUGAGUGUGACGUUCCGGGCAGAGACAUCCUGUUGUGUGACCCGCUGCCGCUGGAGACGGAGGUGACCGCCCUCUCGGAGGACGAGUACUUCAGUGCAGGAGUCGUGAAGGGACACCGCAAGGAAGCCGGACAGCUCCUCUACUGUGUGGAGAAAGAUGGCCAGAGGAAGUGGUAUAAGCGGACAGCCGUCAUUCUGUCCUUGGAGCAAGGGAACAGGCUUCGGGAGCAGUUUGGACUUGGCCCCUAUGAGCCCAGCACCCCCCUGAACAAGGCAGCUGACAUCAGCCUAGAUAAUCUGGUGGAGGGGAAACGGAGGCGACGCAACAACCCGGGGCCCGGCAGCGCCUCAGGCAGCCCGACCGCUGCGCGCAAGGCCCCCGAGAGUCCGCAGGCUGCCGCUCCCAGGGUGCUGUCGAGCAAGAGGAAGCUGAUGGCCUCUGAAGAGGAGGGGUCCCCAGCUAAGCGAGGGCGGCGAUCAGCUGCCACCAGAUCAGGGGAGGGGACGGACCUGCCUAGCAGUAAAGACUCUGGAGACCUCCUGGCCUUUGAUCAGCGAUGGGGGCCGUUGCCCCACAGCAAGACCCUCUUCCUGGGCUACGCGUUUCUCCUCACGAUGGCAAAUCCCAGCGACAAACUCUCCAGCCCCCAGAAGUCAGCAGUCAGCAGUGAAGAGGAGGCAGAAUUCUCAGAGACAGCUCCUUUCAACAAACACUACAUUGAGCUACAGCUGCAAACUGGAGGCGGUUUCAUUCUUGAGGACUUCAAUGACAGCCAGUGCCGUGCAGCCCACCAGUGUUUCCUGAUCGCGGAUCAGCACUGCCGCACCCGGAAGUACUUCUUGUGCCUUGCACAAGGGAUCCCCUGUGUUUCUCACCUCUGGGUCCAUGACAGUUGCCAUGCCAACCAGCUCCAGAACUACCGCAAUUACCUGUUGCCAGCUGGCUAUAGUCUGCUGGAGCAGAGACUGCUGGAGUGGCACCCCCGAGAGAACCUGUUCCAUAAACUGAAGGUACUUCUUGUAUCGAACGAUCUGCAGGACUUCCUGGAACUCUGGGCUGAAGUUCUUAUGAUUGGGGGAGCAGGUUCUGUUAAGAAGCAUCAGUCUGACACAUGGAGCGAAGAUGUGGGUUUGGGUGUCUUUGAUGUGGUCGUGACGGACAGUUCCUGCCCAGCAGCCAUCUUGAAAUGUUCUGAAGCCUUGCAGCUGCCCGUGGUCAGCCAGGAGUGGGUCAUCCAAUGCCUUGUCGUGGGGGAGACCGUGGGCUUCAAGCACCCGCAGUAUUUGCUGGGCCCUCCUGAAGCAGCCUUGCCGCUGGGCGUAGGCGGCACCUGAUGCAGCCUUCUUGUAUCUGUCAGUUGACUUGCGCCUGAUGUGCUAUAGUUAACUUUUUAUGAAAAUAAAUGCUCAAUUUUUUUGUUGUGUUAA